AACGAAAAUCUACAAUUAAUUAGCAUAGCAUUCCAGUCCACAUUUCAUACAUAUUUGAACUAUGGCCACGACAACAUGAGAUUUGGUUCACCACGUGAUUAAGAUUGUGCCCACAACGUGUUCGACCAUUUGCUUCACUGAAAACGGAUACUUACAAACCGUUUUUCUUUCAGCAUUCGUCCUUCAAAAUGAGCAGUUCAAGGGAGAGCUCCCCUGAUUGGUUGCGUUCUUUUCAGGUGCCGACUCAUUCGCCAUUGACACUGUCCUCUGAUUCUGGGUCUUUGAAUGAGGAUAAAACUGAUGAUGAAGGGUCGUCUCCAAUUUCAUCCAGUUUUCUCAAGGUCACAAGGAGCAAGAGAAAGACCACGGAACCAACCAGUCCUAAAGUAGAGGACCAAACACCAUCCAAAAGAAAGAAAUUGGACAAGCAAAAGGCCGAAGACGGUACAAGAAAUGGGGAGGAAAAGAAGACAGGGAACGAAUCAAACAUCGGCAAGCAUAAAGAAUCUAUUCAUUCAAUUUGGACACUAUCAUCAGAUUCUGAGUCAUUCCAUGAUCAAAGCCCAAAAAGAGAGGAUCACAUUGAUCAGGUGGAAACCUCUCACCAUCAAAUAUCAGGUGAAGGAGAGGGUGGGGAUGGACUUGUUAUUGGUAAUGAUGGAAAGUCUCCAUCCAAAAAAGGUUCAAAAGAGAAGUCUUCACAAAAACAAAAAAAUGUAGAAGGUACACCAAUUAAAGAGAAGAAAAUAAAGGCCAGCGCAAAGGGAAAAGGUAGUGGUGAUGUGAAAGCUGAAGAGGAAGAAACUUGUGAAAAGCUUGCUGAACCAAAUGUUUCCUCCGUAAGGUUUCCUUUGAUGCUUUCUGAUAAAGUUCAUCGUACAAAGGCACUUAUUGAGUGUCAAGGUGAUUCCAUAGAUCUGAGUGGUGAUAUGGGUGCUGUUGGACGGAUUAUAAUUUCAGAUUCGCCAUCUGGGGAUCAGGAAAUGUAUUUAGACUUGAAAGGGACAAUAUACAAAACAUCUAUAGUUCCUUGCCGGACGUUUUGCGUUGUUAGCUUUGGGCAGUCAGAGGCAAAGAUUGAGGCCAUCAUGAAUGAUUUCAUACAGCUGAAGCCACAGUCUAAUGUGUAUGAAGCUGAAACUAUGGUUGAAGGGACACUGGAUGGUUUCUUUUUUGAUUCGGAUGAGGAGGCUGGCAAGAUGCAGAAAUCAACCCACCAAGCUGAUCAAAGUGAGCAUGUUGAAGAACAAACUAAUGGUAAAUCCAAAGGGAAGGCUGACAAAACAUCAAAAACAUGGAUGCAGGGUGCUGAAAAGAAAAGAGGUAGAAGUACAGGAGGAAAACCACAAGCAAAGAUAGCAAAGAAAAAAACUCCAGGUUCCAAAAGGGCAAAAACCAAGAAAUGAGUCAAAGAGGCUCUCUAUAAUUUCUUGUAUAUGUCCAUGAACCAAUAUAGCUCAAUCCUUAGAUUAAAAGUAGAGAUGCUGAAUUGCUUUGCCCAUGUCAGAGAUAGUUAUAGUAUAGCUGCUGUUUGAGUUCUCAAAACCACACAGAAGAAUUGAAAGCUUAUGAUCUGUCGAACAAGUUCUGACAAAGUCCUUCUUAUUAUGUUAAGCAUUUUCAUGACUGUUUCAAUAUUACUCAUUGUAGUUUAUUUUCCAGUGGA